AUGGGUCUGCAAUCAACUUUCUUGGCUGUUUUUCUUCUGCUUACAUGCAUUGCCUGCUCGUACCCUCAUUUGGCAAUGGCUAAACAUGCUGGCACCGGUUCAACUCGACACUACAAGUUUGACAUACGCGUGCGGAAUGUGACGAGGUUGUGUAAGACGAAAAGCAUAAUAACCGUCAACGGGAAAUUCCCGGGGCCAAGGAUUAUCGCUAGGGAAGGUGACCGAGUGGUGAUUAAAGUGGUUAACCAUGUCUCGAACAAUAUCAGUAUCCAUUGGCAUGGAAUUCGACAGCUUAGGAGCGGAUGGGCUGACGGACCAGCUUACAUAACACAAUGCCCGAUACAAACCGGCCAAUCAUACGUUUACAACUUCACGAUAACCGGACAAAGGGGAACACUUUGGUACCAUGCCCAUGUUUCGUGGAUUCGGACAACCCUCUACGGCCCAAUCAUCAUUCUACCAAGGCGUAACACUUCGUACCCUUUUGUUAAGCCUUACAAGGAAGUCCCCAUUAUGUUCGGAGAGUGGUGGAAGGCCGACACGGAGGCUGUGAUCAAUCAGGCCCUUCAGACCGGAGCUGGCCCAAAUAAUUCAGACGCUUAUACGAUCAACGGGCUGCCUGGACCGUUAUACAAUUGUUCUUCCCCAAAUGAAACAUUUCGGCUUAAGGUGAAGCCCGGAAAAACAUACCUCCUUCGAUUGAUCAAUGCUGCGCUCAAUGACGAACUCUUUUUCAAAAUCACGAACCAUACGUUUACCGUUGUUGAUGCGGAUKCGARUUAYGUGAAGCCGUUUGAAACAGACACAAUCUACAUCACACCGGGCCAAACAAGCAACGUUCUSCUCAAGACCAAAAACCUUAACCACAACGCCAAAUUCUUGAUGGCGGCUCGACCCUACUCCACCGCSGCUGCUGGAACAUUCGACAACACCACCGUUGCUGGAGUUCUUGAAUACCAUAGUAAUACCAUUAUGUCAUCCUCCAAUACUUCCAUCAAAGGACUUGCCCUACCUCCAUUGCCAGCGAUCAAUGCCACUUCUUAUGUGGCUAAUUGGACCAGUAAAUUCCAUAGUUUGGGAAAUUCCCAGUUUCCUGUGAACGUUCCACAAACUGUUCAAAACCGGUAUUUGUUUACGGUCGGSCUYGGUAGCGAUCCUUGCCCAAAAAAUCAAACGUGCCAAGGUCCCAAUGGCACCAAAUUCUCGGCUUCCGUAAACAACGUUUCAUUCACCMUGCCAACAACUGCACUUCUUCAAGCUCGGUACUUUGGAAAAUCGAACGGCAUUUUCACCACCGAUUUCCCAACAUCCCCACUUAAUCAAUUCAAUUACACGGGCACACCACCCAACAACACCAUGGUUUCCCACGGCACAAAAGUGGUGGUUCUACCUUACAACACCACCGUCGAGCUGGUGAUGCAAGGCACCAGCAUUCUUGGUGCCGARAACCAUCCUCUCCACCUCCACGGUUUCAACUUCUAUGUGGUGGGACAAGGGACCGGAAACUUCAACUCUGCCACAGAUCCUGCCAACUUUAAUCUUAUUGAUCCCGUUGAAAGAAACACAGUGGGCGUUCCGGCCGGCGGAUGGGUGGCGAUUCGGUUCCGAGCCGACAAUCCAGGUGUAUGGUUUAUGCAUUGCCACAUAGAGAUACAUCUGAGCUGGGGGUUGAAACUGGCGUGGGCAGUGAUGGAUGGGAAGCUUCCAAGCCAGAAGUUGCCUCCACCACCUUCUGAUCUUCCAAAGUGUUAGACUUUGACUUCAUCAAAGUAUUGAUAUGUGAGUCUUUUGUUUCUUGAGUUGUAAGUUAGGAGUGAAGAGAUUAAUCCCCAAUUUAAUGUUUUUUUUAAAUGCAAUGUACAAUAAGAGAUUGUUUUGUGAAAUACAAAAAUAUGUGAUGAAACUUUUUGUCUUCU